GUCGGAAGAGGCCCAGUAUGUUCAUGACGGCCAUUUGGGCGGUGAGCAAACUGAGUUCAUUCUUCUCCGAAGAGCUUCAUGGCGGCCAUGGGGCACUUUGGCUUUCCGUUACUGCCUGUGGAAACUGACAGAGAAUUUCAUGACGGCCAUUGGCGGCGAGUCUCUGGGAGGUGAACUUUGCUCAGCUAGUCGCGACGGCCAUUUGGGCGGUGACUCGCUUGUCAUUUAUGAUGCAUGUCAUUGUAAUGAAAAGGCCAGUAGGUUCAUGACGGCCAUUUGGGCGGUGAGCAAACUGAGUUCAUUCUUCUCCAAAGAGCUUCAUGACGGCCAUUUGGGCGGUGACUCUUUGGCUUUUCCGUUAAUGCUUGUUCAUUUUACUUGA